GUGAAGCGACGGGUUGGGUGUCCUAGCUAUAGUGGCCAACGAGAUGCCAAGAGAGGACACGAUCACUUCCUUUGCUCGAAUAAAAGACGAGGUCAAUGUUCGACUGCCUCAGUGCAUUGAACAGGUGCUUGGCCCGGUGAAGGAGUACAACCCGAAGCAGGUGGAGGAGUGGUGCAACUCCUUAGGGUCCGUGGUUCUGGAAAAGAUGCAAGAGCUCAGCGGCAAUUUCAAGUACAUUGUGAACAUCAGCCUUAUGGAGAAGAAGGGCGCUGGUUUCCAUACAAGUUCCUCCACCUUCUGGGACCCGGAGUCUGACGCCGCAACGACGUACAGGCCGGGGCACGUUCAGAUUCAAAUUUGCGAGGCCUUGAGGCCCGCAACAACGCAACCCAUAUCGUGAACGAUCGUGAAUCUGCAGAAUCCUAACGUUUGACUUCACUCGACUUCAGAGUGGUGGGAAAACAAAGCGCUGAUAUGCGUUGUUCAGGUGUUUGGCAUCGGAAUGUGACGGAUGCUGGGCACAAGUCCUGGCCACAUUUGCGCCGGAGCAGGUCUCUGGGAAAG